AUGUGCAACGACAAUCUUAGAAUUAACACCACAACAACAUUCCUUCUCCUUUUAAUCUUAAUAAAUUUAAAUAUUACAAGUGCGCAAUAUUCUGGGUGGAAAUUCGUCGAGAAACUCUACAAUCAUUGUAAGGACGAAAAGAACACAGUGAAAUGUUUAAAAAUCCAAGUACUAAAAAUCGCAAAUCGAUCGUUAAAGUUAGCAAAAAUUAAUAUUUAUGAUGGAAUCAACUUGGUGCAAGAAGCCAGAGGUAGGAGUUUACGAGUUUAUCCCAUCCCUGAUCAUUUAAACCUCCAAAAUAUGGACGAAGAUCACAUCGACGUCAUGCUAAACCAAGCUGUAGAUGAAUUCGUUUCAACCAGAUACUUAGAAUUUAGACAACCAAAAAGUUUAGGAGAGGCUCGUAAAAAGAAGCGAAUUAAUUUUUGGCCGUUAAUAGCAGCAAUGGCCAUAAAGAGUGCUUUUAUGGGCGCUGCCUAUAAAGGAAUCGCAGUUACGGCCGGUGCUGCAAUGUUAAUAGGAAAGAUGGCUUUAGCGCUUUGCGUCAUAAUGGGUUUGAAAUCGUUACUUAGCGGAAAAGAAGAAAAAUUAAAUGUUGAGGUUGUUAAACAUCCAAUUCAUUCCACAAGCCAUACUUAUUCUAAUUCUUACGAGGACGACCACGAUCAUUACCACAGAUCAAUUUCCGCUGAAGAAGAAAUGUUGAGAAGAGCGGAAGAGAAAUGGGGACCAAAAGAAUAA